UAUAGAUUUAUAUUUUAUAAUAUCUAGAUCUAGCAGUCAACAGGGAAGUGUAAUUCUAUCUAAUGUUAACAUUCCGGACUCUUUUCAAAGAUGUGUUGUCAUAUCCACUGAAUGAAAAACUUCUAAAUUUAAAACAACAUAUGAAUUCACAAGUCUAGAAAAUGCUUGUUUAUGCAGGACAGCUGACAGUUCAGGCCCCUUCCUUUUUCUUUGGGACAAAAACUUACAAAGAUGUCUGGUGUGUCCUGCACACGAUUGACAUUGAACGUAAAAUUAAUCCAAAGAUUGUGCUGUAUGAAGAUGAAUCAAAGGUGGGAACAUCAUCUAGUAUGAGAGUCAUUUACAUCUGUGAAGCAGUAUGGAACACUAAAAACACCCUGGAGUUCUCCUUUAGUUUUCUCAUCAGCAAAUAUCGUUAUGUCUUUAUAACAACCAACAAUGAAUCUCUGAGGCUCUGGAUCCUUCACCUGUGCUGUGUCAGCAAAGAUCUGUAUGACAAGAAGCAUUUAGUAGGCAUUGAUGAUCAGGGUAAACUGGACCCUGAUGCCUUGACAGCAGGAGGGACUGAUGGAACUGUUGUGUUGAACACACUUUACCUAUCCAGUGCUGAUAGUUCCAUGAUUUUUUACCAUGUGGUGGCGGAUGAGAAAGGUGAUUGCCAGCGUAUUAAACUUAAAGGAAUGUACAAGCUGGGUCUUAAAGAUGAAAACAUACACAUUCAGGAUUUCAACACGGGAGAACCAGUAGUGUCUUGGUCACUUUUUGAAAUAAAAAAGUAUGGAUUCUUCCAUGAGUAUUAUUUCUAUUUAGUGGCUGGACAAAAGGCAACCCCUAACGAUGGGAGGUUCACAUUUUAUACAGUGAUGGGUCAGCAGAUUGUUGAAUAUCUAGCUGAAGAAGCUGACAAAAUUCGUGUGAAAUACAAUAUCAAACCGCUUGGUGCCACUGCUGAUCCAGAGGCUGGUCCUUCCAGUCAAGAAGAGUUGGACCCAUAUAGUGAUCCUGACAAGGAAACUGCUUCUAAAAUAAAACCUGAUGUUAAGCCUAAACCUAAACCUGAAGUUAAACCUAAACCUAAAACACCAGCAGAUAACUAUUCUGUAGUUGAACCGAAAUCGAUGAAAAAACAGGCACCGACUCCUGUAGAUUCAAGUAAAAGCAGUUCUAAGAAGAAAACAGAGAAAGAACAAGAACCAACAAAGUCUAAAAGAAAAGACAGAAGCAAAAAUUAUGAGGAUCCUUGGGAAAAUAAAAAUUAUAUGAAACAGCCACCCCCAAAUCCCAUAGAACACUCUGCUGCAGCAACAGAUCAAGUGGAAUAUGCAGGGGUGGAUAAAAGCAGUAAACAAGCUGUGCCGAGAGAAGUUAAGCAUACAGAAAAUUAUUUUCCUGUUGAUUCCCCUGCACCACCAAUACCCCCUCCAGUUUGGGAAACAGACCCAAACAGCACUGAGAGCAAUAACAAUGUUUAUGAUCACUUCGACUCUAAAAAAGGAAAAUCUCCCAACCCGGAAAAUGUUUAUGGCAUUGCGUCAGCCAAGCCUGUACAUCAUAUUGUUAAUGUCCCCAAUGCUGAAAACCCUUAUGAAGAUACUAACACUGGGGGUGCUUAUGAAGCAGUAGGGUAUAGUUAAGGCAGCUGUGAUAGGUAAAUCAAGUAAUCUAUUUUAUGAAAGAUUUAAAAAAUGAAACAGACUCAAGCACAUAAUUAUUACAAUUUGAUGAGCAGUAGAUUUCUUAAUAUUUUUUGUCAUUAUUGAUUAGUGAUUUGCUAGAAACUCAGAAUAUCAUUGAUGAUAGAUGGUGUCUUUAAUUCUGUAACACAACUUUUAACCCUUAAAUAUUAUUUGGAUUUGUUUGUGUUUCUUCCUCCUUGUUUUUGAAUUAUUGACUCAAUUGGACAUAGGCAAACAUACACUGCACUUAAUUUCUUGUAAUAAAAUAACUUUUUCUUAAAGAAAAUAGCAAAGCUAUCCUUCAAUAGAACAAUAUAAUGUAGGUAAAUGAAGUUUGAUGCUGGCCAUCAUUCUCAUACUGGUUGCUUAUAUAUCCUGGUUGCACUAAUUAACGUGCUGGUUAUAAAUUAGAAAAUGUUCAACCAUAUUAAAGGGUUGCUUGGUUUAUUUUGGAUCAUUUAUACACUUACAUUCAAUACAUUUUGUUUGUACAAUCUUUCUGGUUUUAUAAAAAAAAAUGGAAAUAUAAAUUUAUAACUUUACAUUCUUAUCCUGUACAGUAUAGGCAAUGUAUUGUGCCCAAAAGAACUACUUCACUCAAAUAUUUAGUUGCAAGUAAAUAUUUUUGCAAGUUUUCUGUAAGACAAGCACAAAUUUGAAAUAAUGACCUCAUCACAGUUUUAAAUCUUAAAUUCUUUAAAUAGUGAUUUAAUUAACAGCCAAUGAGUUCAUAUACAAAUAUUACUAAAUUUACAAGUGCCAGCAAAAUUUAUUUCAAUGUGGAGUAAGCAACUGUUAACCAUAGAUGCCAAUUUAAUUCUAAGUAUCUAAAAUUUCAUGAGAUGUAAUGACUGGUAGGAAGUAUGUUUUUUCCCUUAGCAACAUCAAGCAAUAGUUUGCAGGAUUAUUCAAAUAAUUGGUAUUGUUAUCAGUAGUUACAUUUGUGUCUAAUAAAUUUCAAGAGGUCUAAAUGCUGAUUUUAAAUUUAAAUUAGUAUGAACUAUUGGAAAUUUUUUUUACAAUGCAUAGCUUUAAAAAUUUCAUAGAAAGCAUUUAAACUUUUGCAUUUGACUACAUUAUCUUUUUCUUUUCUUUUAAAAAAUAUUUCUUUAAGAACUUACGUUGAAAAGAUUUAUCAGCAGCUUUACUUUGUUUAAAUGGUCUCCACACUCACAAAAUUAUAAAAAUGUAUAUUACUUCUAUUUUUAUUGUUGUACUAAUAUGUAGUGUAUAUUUCUUUUCUACUUAAUUUUAACUUGAGGAUAACCAUUAAUGUAUCACAUAACCAGUACAUUUCAAGUUUCAUGUUUCUUUCUUUGAUGUAACUAUUUACCUUAAGUUUAAUUUAUCAUACACAUAUGUUAAUGUUUUUUGUUUAGAUAUAACUAUUUGCAAAUCUCCCAACCCAGAAAAUGUUUAUGGUAUUGCAUCAGCCAAGUCUCUACAUCAUACUGUUAAUGCCCCAAAUGCUGAAAACACUUAUGAGCUUUUGUUCAACAAAAUGUCUUGUUUUGUAGAUUUCUUACAGGUAGCUUUAUUAGUGUUGGUUUAUAGUAUUCAGAUAAAGGAAAAAUUUUAUUAACAUAUUAUUUAUUAAAAUAUUAUUAACUAUAUUUUUAUGUUAAUUCCUUUUAAAAACUCCAUCACGUGUGCAUGAACCUUUCGUUGAUCAGAGUCAUAAUUUAUUAAGAAGACAAUCACAUAACUAUUAUUUAUGUUAAGCACAGCAGGCCAUUUUGUAUUACUCAAUUAUGUAUUGCAAGCCAUUUAAAAAAACCCAGAAUGUUCAGGUAUGAUAUAGUAAUAACUAACAUAUACAGCAUUGAAAGUUUUAAAUAGAUUGGUUUCCACAGUUGAUCCUGCUCAAUAUCAACCAUGAUGUACUCUAUCCCCAGAUAUGUGGACUUCAGUUUCUUUUCCUUUUUUUCAAUAAUUAUUAUCUAUUAAGUAUAAAAUGAGUGAUAAUACGUAAUUUAUUUCUUCAAAAAAUGCUUUUCCACUUAUGUGAAUUUGUUAGCUGUAGCCUACUUUAAAAAAAUAACAAUAAUUAAACUAUAUGUAUGAUUUAAAAACAAGAACUAAAGCAAAUAAUUUUUAAUCUCUGCAUGUUUUAAUCUUAUAAAAGUGAAUUAAAAUUUAUUUACUUCUUAAACCUAAAAAAAAAGAAAGUAUUACAUACAUACAGCAUCAAAUUUAAUCAUAGUAUUUAAAAAAUCUUUGUAAAAACCAUGUGUGCAUAAGUUUAAAAUGUAACUACUAGUAAGUAAUGUAGUUGAAUGACCAGUAUUAGAUGAUAUCAUUUUAUGCAUAAUGUUCAUUACAGCUUAAAAUGUAGUAUAUUUCAUAAUGAAAGUACGUUUUAAAAAUCUACUUAAAAGUUUUUAAUUUUAUAACCUAUAGCAUAUACUCUGUUUAACCAUAAAAAGUUUUUUUUUUUAUUUAGCUAUUAAAAUGUAUCAAAAGUAUACAAUAACAGUUCACUCAUUAAAAAUAUGUUGUGUCCAACUUAAUUUGUAGUUAAUUGUUACUAGCUAAAUACAAGUAUGUUUAAGUCCAGUUGUUUAUUUGUUAUAUUCCAUCCUUCUGUGAUUAAAUCAAACUUACAUGUAUUAUUAAAAUCAAACUUACAUGUUUUAUUACAGAAUUCAUAAUAAUAAACACACCUGUUUCAUUACAGAAUUCAUAAUAAAGCAAAAUAUAAACUGUGCACUCAAGCUAAAAAAAUUUUUGUUUAAAUUUACAUGUGUACAAAAUAUGGUGCAGGCCUACCAAGUGCCUUAUUGUUUCAUAAGCAUUUAUUUUUAAUUGUGUAUAGACCAGAGAUGUUUGGUAAUUAAAUGUGCUUUGUGAAUAAGCUAGCAUAAACUGGCUGUUGAAUCAUGAUUUAAAAAACAGUAUGUUGAUACAUACUUUAUUACUUGAUCUAUAUCUUUCUUCCACUCUGCUACACACUUUUGCCCAUUUCAGUAAUUCUAUUCUACAAGUAUGAUAGAUAUACAUUUAUAGAUGUAUAUCUGAAAAAAAUAUAUCAAAGAGUUCAAUUUAUAUUCAAGUGCCUAAAAGAUAUUUUUAUCAGCCACACUUUUAGUGUGUACUUUGUACCAUUGAUUUUUCAUGAGCUUUUUUUUCAGAUUAAAUUUGUAUUUAGUUCAUGAUAAACUAAAUUUGUCUUAGGAAUAAUUGUUAUGAUAUGCAUAUUAAUAAUCUACAAGAAAUUCUAGCUGUCUUUAAAAAGAUAUUUUUAAAAUUUUUUAAAUGGUCAAAAUGUGUUUACAUAAUGCAUCUUAUUUCUUUAAUAUUGACUUAAAUCUACUCAAUCCUAUCUUUAAAUACAAACCAUAAUUUUUAUCUCAAUAAUUAUAUUGAAGAGAGCAUUUUUAAUUGUGUUUAUGAACCCUUUAUAUAACAAACAAAAAUAUUCUUCAUACCUUUUUCAAAUUUCCUUUGAUUGUGUGAAUAUUUUUAUAUUUUUAAAGAUUUUUUUCUGUAAUGAUUUUGUUUCUUUUAAACUGUAUACAAUGUGAUAAUAUGUUAUCUACCUGACAAUAGAAUGAUUAGAAUAUCUUAGAUUUGUACAACUUUGCAUUACCUAUAUUUAAAACAAAAUAACUUUCAUUGUACAAAUGUAGAUUAUUGUUUUUACUGAUUACACAUUUUUAGUAUGAUUCUUUUAAAGCAGGGGUCUCCAAACUUUUCAGCCCAAGGGCCGCAUAAACUAUCAAAUAUAAGUUCGAGGGCCAGUUUCUUCCAGGCAUCUCAUUGGGGUGGCAUUUUUCCUCAGCCACCGACAACAAACAUUUUUUUCGGUGGCCGGGGGCCGGAUGAGAGGAACUCGCGGGCCGGAUGCGGCCCGCGGGCCGUAGUUUGGAGACCCCUGUUUUAAAGAAAAGGAUUUUUUUAGACUUAAUAAAAACAUUAUUCUAAGAUUCAUCUACAUAGUUCAUACAUUAACAUUGUUUAUUUUAAAUUAUAUACUCUGAUACCUAAAUUUUGAACUUCUAAUAGAGAUGUCAAUUCAAUUUCUUCUUCUUCUUAAUUUUUAGUAUUUUUAGUACUUAUCUGCCACAGGUUUAGAACUCGAGACUUUUUUUUUCAAAUUUAACAACCAUGAGCUUUGCCGACUCGACCAUGCCUCCAACACAAUUAAGCGUUACCUGUCAACUGCUUGUGUGCCAAUGAGGCAGUUGACUCCGAUUUCAGCCUGCUUUUCUUUUUGGAUUUGCUUCCAUAGUCCUUUGUCCAACCAAGAACAAACAACAAAGCAGCAGUUGUUUGAUUUUGGAGUUGUCUCUCCUAGAAGAGUGACUGUCCCCAGCUAACGAGCCUCAUCUGCCCGAAGGUUUGACCUCGAGACUUUUUGGUUUAGCAACCUUGAGCUUUACCGACUCAACCACACCUAUCCCAAUUUAGUUUCAACUGAAGUACUUAUGUAACCUCCAUAACCAUCAGAGGUUUUUAAAAUUAAAAAAAAAAGUUAAAACCCAAUGGGAGCUGAUAAUAUUUAGUUAAUGCUUAAUUUAUGUAAUUUAGAUUAGAUUGUAAUUGCUAAUCUAUGUUUUUAAUUUAUUUAAAUUAUUUUUAAUAUAAAAUUGAUAUGUAUUUUUCAUAGAGUCCUAACACACUUUAUUUCUGCCAAAUUGUUACAUCAUUUUUAUAUUGAAUAGGUAAAUAAUUAGCAAGCAAUUUUAAAAGCUUAAGUGACACUGCUAGCAAUAAUAAUAUGGCUUUUUAUACAAUAACAUAAUAAUAUCAUACUUAUAUAUUUUUUAAUUUGUUAGUAUUCAUUUUCCGUUUUAAUUUAAGUUACCUAAUUAUAUCUAUCUUAAUAAUACAUUCGCUUUCAUGGAUGAAUAUUUUGAUUUUUAGUAACAUUGUCUCAUUUUGGCACUUUCAUGCAUGAUCAGUCAAUAAAAACUGUCACCAACAAAA